UUUCAUCAGCUCAAGUACAAACUAUUAUUAAUUUGAAUAUGCUUGGCGUCACCACGAUUACAAAUGGAGAAAGACAGAAACGGUGCAAACCUGAACGCAAACAACGCAUUGACGAAAAUACAUUCCAGGUUUCUAGAUGGACGCCACUGAUCAAAGAUUUAAUGGAGAAUUGUGUUGAAAACAAAUUGGAUCCUGAGCAAUUUCCAUCUGUAGGUGAUAAAGAGCCUUCAGUUGACAUCCAUAAAGCAUCUAGUUCAAGGUAUACAGGGCAAAACGUAACGUGGUACAAAGGAAAAGAUUCGACCAAACAUCAACGUUCAAGAGUCAUACUAUUUGUACUGGGUGGAGUUACAUAUUCAGAAAUGAGAUGUGCAUAUGAAAUAUCCAAAAGCUUCAAAAACUGGGAAAUUGUAAUUGGUUCAUCACACCCACUGACGCCAAUGGACUUCAUCCAAGAGUUGUCUAAAUUAGACAAACCAUAGGUGAAACUUUAUAUUAAC